UACCAGCCAGCCAGUGCGAAAAUUAUCAACUUCCAAAUAUAAAUUUUUAAAUUCAAUUUAAACAAUCGUUAUCAUUGGCAAUGUUAAAAUAAACCGUCAUAAUUUCAAUCCAGUUAAAAUAGUAUUUUAACAUAUAUUUUUUUUAUAAAAUUUAUAAAAAAAAAAUAUAGUUUGAAAAAUAUUGAUAUAGGUACAAAAAAAUUCCAUAUUUUUUCUUCUAAAACAAUUACUUUAUUAGAUAGCAUAGUAAAAUUUCAAAAUUCUCAUCCGUUCACUCUAAUUUGGCGGUAAUUAUUUUUAAUUACCUAUGUAAAACUAAUGACCUUUAUUUAUCGCGCAUAAUGUGCUGAGUGUAGUAAAGAGGAAAAGGGGAACACAGUGAUCCUGAGCUAUAUUUGUUCGCAUACCAGUUGUUUAAAUUGAACCAACCUAUAGGUUAUUUGUGGCCAACAUUUUAAUUAAUAACGCCGUGACGGGUACAUAUCUAAAAUGCGGCUCGUUGCGUUCACAAUCACAUUUUUAAUGAUAGCAGAAGGAUACGCGGAUAGCUCGGGCUGUCUUUUGGAAUUAGAAGGGUCUUACGCGAAUUUCAACAUCGGCCAAAUGUGUAAAAAUUUGGGAUAUGACGAACCGUCUGCGCCGCUGUUACAUGGGAAACAAUUUGUAGAGAUAGAAACCAGGAACAUCCCCAAUCACAUGUUUAUGGGUGUCGAUUUGAUCUGCCACUAUUUAGGAUUUACGAAAAAAACAGCAAGGUUACCACCGCCAACAAUGUCCACUGAAUCCGUAUCAACUGCACUAUUAACACCUAUAACGAAAAAAAUUACAAAUAAAACAUCAACAACACCAUUAGUACCACCACCGCUAGUAACGACCACAGAGUCCGUAUCAACUGCAACAUUAACAAGAUCAACAGAAAAAAUAUCAACUAUAACAUCGACAACAAUAAUGAAAGAAAUAACAAAUAAAACAUCAACAACACCAUUAGUAGUAUUACUGGUAAGAACAACUGAUGAAUCUUCGUCAACCACAACAUCACCAAAAUUACUAAGACCAGCAACAACCAAUGAAUCUUCAUCAACGACAAUGUCAACAAAAUUAUUAAGACUAACAACAACCAAUGAAACUUCAUCAACCACAACAUCACCAAAAUUAUUAAGACCAACAACAACUAAUGAAUCUUCAUCAACCACAACAUCACCAAAAUUAUUAAGACUAACAACAACCAAUGAAUCUUCAUCAACCACAACAUCACCAAAAUUAUUAAGACCAACAACAACUAAUGAAUCUUCAUCAACCACAACAUCACCAAAAUUAUUAAGACUAACAAUAACUAAUGAAUCUUCAUCAACCACAACAUCACCAAAAUUAUUAAGACCAACAACAACCAAUGAAUCUUCAUCAACCACAACAUCACCAAAAUUACUAGGACCAACGACAACCAUAGAAUCUUCAUCAACUACAAUAUCAUCAAUAUUACUAAGAUCAACAACAACCAAUGAAUCUUCAUCAACCACAGUAUCACCAAAAUUACUAAGACCAACAACGAUUAAUGAUUCUUCAUCAACCACAAUAUCAUCAAUAUUACUAAGACCAACAACGAUUAAUGAUUCUUCAUCAACCACAACAUCACCGAAAUUACUAAGACCAACACCAACCAAUGAUUCUUCAUCAACCACAAUAUCAUCAAUAUUACUAAGACCAACAACGAUUAAUGAUUCUUCAUCAACCACAAUAUCAUCAAUAUUACUAAGAUCAACAACAACCAAUGAAUCUUCAUCAACCACAGUAUCACCAAUAUUACUAAGAUCAACAACAACCAAUGAAUCUUCAUCAACCACAGUAUCACCAAAAUUAAUAAGACCAACAACAACCAAUAAAUCUUCGACAACCACAGUAUCAUCAAUAUUAUCAAGAACACCAACGGCUACGAUAUCACCAAUAUUUUCAAGAACACCGACUACCACGUUAACACCAAAAUUACUAAGACCAACAACAACCAAUGAAUCUUCAUCAACUACAAUGUCCUCAAUAUUUUCAAGAACACCGACUACCACGUUAACACCAAAAUUACUAAGACCAACAACAACCAAUGAAUCUUCAUCAACUACAAUGUCCUCAAUAUUAUCAAGAACACCGACUACCACGUUAACACCAAAAUUAAUAAGACCAACAACAACCAAUGAAUCUUCAUCAACCACAAUAUCAACAAUAUUAUCAAGAACACCGACUACCACGUUAACACCGUCAAAAUCACCGUCAGUAUCAGCAAAGAAGAUGGCGAUUAGUAAUGAGAAGCAAUUAUUGCUCAUACUUUUUUCAUCGUUGUUUGCGGCCCUUUGCGUUAUAUGGGUCAGCAAAUUCCUAUACUCGAACUACAGAAGAAGUUAUGUGUUGCCAGAGAAUCGUAAUAUCGAGAUGAGUUCCAGCAAUGCGUAGCAUAAAAUAUUUAAAAUGAAUUAGUGAAGAGGACAAGAGGAGAGCAUUAUUCAGUCUGACAUCGUCACCACCGUUACCAGCCAUUCGCUAUGUUUUUUUUUCUUUUGAAAAAACGAAACCAGCUGGUUAAUUUCAUCGCCGUACAAUCCGCCACAAUCUAAAGUUACAUCUGAACCAUCUGGAUGAGUGGCGAUUCUCCACCGCGCGUUUCUGUAGAUAUUUUGUUUUACUUAAAUAUUUUACAAUGUAUGAAACUAACUCCCAGGAGUAGUAUUUUUUUUAUAUAUAACUUAGAAUGGCAAACAAGCUGACGGCCCACCAGAUGGAAAUUGGUAACCGUCGCCUAUAAACAUGAGCAGUACCAUGGACAUAACAGAGUAUACUGUUUCGCCCAUGAUACCCCCAUUCGUUGCUAUUCCUGAGAACUCAAGUGUUAUUCCUCUGUACCCAAUAAAUUCACGCCACAUCCCAUCCUUAAAACCGAAACACAGCCAUGCAAACACAACUGCUUCAUGGUUGAAACACGAUUGAGACAGUGGUACCCAAGCAAACAACUUUUGUACAAAUUGAAAUUUUGGAUAAUUUCUACUUAAAAGGACGGCAAUACACCUGCAAUUUCUCUGAUGUUGCGGCGGUAAUCACUUACUGUCAGGUGAGCCGCAUGCAGAGGAAAGAGAGAGACUUUGUAUAAAAGUCGAUUGCCAAGCAACCCUGAAGCAGUUGUGUUUCGGUUUGAAGAGGAAUAACACCUGAGUCCUCAAGAAUAGCAACGCAUGAGUGGUAUCAUGGGCGAAACAGUAUACUCUGUUAUGUCCACGGUACUGUUCAUGUCUAUAGGCGACGGUUACCACUUUCCAUCAGAUGGGCCGUUGGUUUGUUAGCUGUUCUAAGUUGCAUAAAAAAUGUUUGUUAAUUUUACCUGAUUGGUAUAUGUGGUAUAACUCACACAAGAAUAUAAAAUAAGAAUAUUUUUUUUUUUAUUUUUUAAUAAAAAAUUAAAAAAUUAGUAAUUAAAAGUAAAAUUGUGAACAUAAAAAUAGGUAAAAUUCAUGUUGUUAGCUGUACGAGAAACUAAAUAGAUAACGGUGGCAAGAAGGGACAGAUUAAAAAAAAAAGCUUCUUGUAAUAAAUACAUACAUUAUAUGUACAGAUAGUGAUGCCAUACAGAUGUUUCCUUAAAAACAUGUCAACUUUUUGUGUACGUGAACAGGGUUACCAUAAUAAAUAUUUACUAUAUGGGAAAAGUUAUAUUGUGAGGUAAAGUUGAGAAAAUAAAAAAAGAUACAAACCUAUUACGAACACAUUAGAAAGAAUAAAAGAAACGGAUCGUAAUAACUCAUCAUUAUUUUUAUUGAUUACUUUGAUUUAUAUCCAAAUAUGAACAUAUAAUGGUUUUUUUUUAAAUAAUUGAAAAUGGCUGUCACUAUAAUUUAUAAUGUGUAUUAAUAUAUAAACUAUAUAUUUAUAUAAUACAUAUCAGAAGAUAUAGUGCAUAAUUCUAAUUAAAAAAUGUACUUGGCUUGGGAUAUUUUUAAUUUAAUUACUUGCAACACCGAAGAAAUGACGCGGUUUGUCUUGAUUUAAAAAAUAUAUAUAAAUAUCAAUUUAGCUGGCUAAAUGUUGAAACGUUUUUGACACUUCAUGCUCUAUCUAUAUUAUAUAAGCUAGUAUAUUAAAGUUAUUUAUAAGUAAUUUUAAUACAAGACAAUUUACAACGAUUUAUUGUAUGAAAAAUGUCUAUAUUUUUAACUGCUUUUUGCAUGAACCCUAAGAAGAUAUAAGGAGAUUACCUUGUAUUGUAUUUUUACUAUUGUAUUUUAUUUGAAUUUUCUAAUUUGUAAUUGUGUAAUUCUUUUUUUGCUGCAAUAAAGAGCAUGAUAUAUGUAUAUAUCAUGUACUCACUUUUUCAUGUAGAGAUUUUUUUACCAAAAUUUUUAACGUUUUCGUUCGAUUUUUAGAUGUCCUAGUAAUUACAAAUAAACAAGAAAAGUUGUAGCCAAAUUGAUGCAGCUGUUUUGAAUUGAUGUGUUUACAAACAUUUGAUAAUUAAGUUUUAUUUACAUAGAUUAAUAAAAUAGAUUAUUUUUAUACUUCAUUAAAUUACACUUUUAAAUUACAAAAUAGUAAAAAGAAUAUUGUAAUAAUUUUGGAAUUUACAAGGCUAAGUUACAUAAAUGUAUGUAAAUAAUAGAAAUAAAAUGUUACAGUAAAAUGAAUUGUAAUUUUUGUAAUUUAAAUCUAUGUUUUUGUAUGUAAAACUGGCACGGUAAAAAUACAUAUUGUCAUAAAACAAUAAAAUAGAAAUAUUUUUUUAUUACA